AUGUCGAAAGCUGAAAUUAGAAAAACCCACAAACCGAUUAUGGAAAAAAGAAGAAGAGCCAGAAUUAAUCAUUGCCUGAAUGAAAUCAAAACAUUAAUUUUAGAAGCCAUGAACAAAGACCCUUCUCGUCAUACAAAAUUAGAAAAAGCAGACAUCUUAGAAAUGGCCGUUAAACACCUCCAAAACGUUCAACGACAGCAUCUGGCCUUAUCUAUGGCGUCCGAUCCGUCAGUUUUGCGAAAAUUUAAAACAGGGUUCAAUGAAUGCGCUGCCGAAAUAGAUAGAUACAUGAACCAAGUAGACGGCGUUGAGACCACCAUGAAGCUAAGAGUAGCGAAUCAUCUUCAAAAAUGCAUCGGAGGAAUAGAACAGGUUACUCAGUUUUCAUUUGCAGGAUUUGGAAAUGUUUCCUUAGUUUCUGGAUCUGCUCCACAAGCUGGAUCCAAUCUUGGAGAUCAGAAUAAUAAUCCAAGAAUUCAAAUUCCUCAAGGUAUUCAGUUGAUUCCUAGUAGAUUACCAACUGGAGAACUGGCGCUUUUAGUUCCAAAUUCUCGGAAUAUUAAUUUCUUUCCUACAAAUCAGAGAUCGAGUGCUUUUGCCGCCGUUGUUCCUUCGUCGACUGAGAUAUCUAAACCAUUAAGUCCUCCCAUAAGUCCAGUAACUCACGAAGAGCCGAGACUUCGAAAUCCAUCUCCUCAGGGAUUUAGAAGAGUUAUACCCAGUAAAUCCAUUUACAGUGAAGAUCAUCAAGUUCCUCAAAUAUCCUCGACUGCAACACAACCACUGGAGUUAAAAACCCUAAAAUUUCCUAUUACUAGAAAACUAGAAUCGCCUAAGAAAUCUAGUGAACCUCUUUGUAUAAUUACCAACCAAGCCGAAAGAUAUAGACAAGCACAAAUGAAAGAAGAGUCUGCUGCAUUUGAGGAAAAUCUCAUGCAUGGAAUUAAGCGAAAGUAUUCGGAAUCCCAGGGACUGUUGACAGUAGCAAAUGAUAGUUUUUAUCCCCCACCAGCUCCUAAAAUUGUUAAGACUCUACUUCUGACUUCUGAUUGUCAACCGUCUUCGUCAUCCAAUUAUCGUUUGGAUGAUGUUACAAAUAAUGAUAAAACUGAAACUUCCAGAAGUAAAGAUGAUAAUUGUGAAUCCAGUAAUGAUAUGUGGAGGCCUUGGUGAUAAUGUUUUAUAGAUAGUGUUUAUUGUAAAUAAGAG